AGUCCGCGGUCGUCACUCGUCAGUAUAGAGGUGCCCGCAAGCGAGGCGGCACGCUUGGUGCACGCCUCGCAUAAUUGUUUUUUUACUGUGCUCCAUUGUUUUAUAUCAUUCUGCCAUAAUCAAUACAAGUUUAUAUCGAAACCAAACGGCCUACAUUUAAAUUUAUAUUCCGUAUCAUAGCGACUGAUGUGACAAUAUCGUAUUUUAUCUCUUGAUAAGUACAUGAGUGGUUUAUUGACAAAACAUCACGUUACAGUUUGUGUAUAAUUACUAUAAAACUGUAAAGGUGAAGUUAAGUGUUCUGAAUAUAGGAAUCAAUAACAAUAGUGAUUCAAAGGGAGUCGUCACCCCGAGAUUUUGCAGUGCGGUUUACAGUGCAUAUUGAUUAGUGCUCCUGACACCGCUGAAAGCCUCAGGCCAUCACGACAAACGGUGCAAAAGGGGCAGACUAAACCGGUGACCGGAUUCGGUCUAUUUGAUACAAGCGUACAAGCAGUUAUUUAAAUCACAGUCGACUGAUUCUACAAAAGUGCAAACUAGGUUGAAACUCAAGAUGGUGCGUUCAGACGAGAGUGUCAGAUAGUGCGCAGCAUGGGUGCAAACAUGGGCAAGAACUCGAGCCUGCUCGACGCGCUACCAUCGACGCAGGGCACGCUUCACGUGGUAAUGCUUGGCUUGGACUCCGCCGGCAAAACAACUGCGCUCUACAGACUCAAGUUUGACCAAUACCUCAACACUGUUCCCACUAUUGGUUUCAACUGUGAGAAAGUUAAAGGCACGAUUGGAAAGUCAAAAGGUGUCAACUUUCUUGUGUGGGAUGUGGGUGGUCAGGAAAAAUUGCGACCAUUGUGGAAAUCGUACACUCGAUGUACUGAUGGUAUUAUAUUUGUUUUAGAUUCAGUUGAUGUUGAGAGAAUGGAAGAAGCUAAGAUGGAACUGAUUAGAACAGCGAAAUCGCCAGAUAAUGCAGGAGUGCCUAUAUUAGUUUUGGCAAAUAAACAAGACCUACCAGGUGCUAAGGAACCGCGUGAACUUGAAAAGCUAUUAGGACUACACGAGCUGGUAUCCUCUCCGCAUGGAUCUAGAGAUUCACACGCAUGGCACGUACAACCUGCUUGUGCUAUCACAGGAGAAGGUCUACACGAAGGUCUCGAAGCAUUAUAUGAAAUGAUACUCAAAAGAAGAAAAUUGGCAAAAUUACAGAAAAAGCGAGUAAGAUAAGCAAUGCCAUGGAGUUACUUAUAGUUUUUGUAGAAAACGUCCUGUACACGAUACAUAAAAUAACAAUAUAGUAUAUUGCUUACGGACGAACAUAUUGUCCCUUAGAAACACCAAAAAUAUUGUUUUUACGGUAGAUUUUAAACGUCUUAUGAAAUAUUCCAUCAUAAUGUUGCUCAACUUAUAUUGAACAUUUUGAAGGAAAUUGAUAUUUUGAUAAAUGAUUAUAGUUAGUUACUAGUCAUUUUCUUUUGAAAAUAGCUAGGAUAUGUGGUGAACUAAUGAAGAUGGAAGAUGUUAUCCUGAUUCGGGUCACAUUUACGAUUUGAUUACGAACACCUGAAAUUUUGUUGGGUCACAUAGUAAUGUGGGACCAUACAAAUCAUAAUUUUAAAAUUAAAUUUAAUGUAGUUGGAAGUUGUAUUCUGAGACGUUGCAUAAAAUCAUUUCACAAUACAUAACACUUCUUUGUAGAGUAAUUUAUUCCCCGGCCCACAAAUCUCAAUGUUGUCGCUUUUUAUCCCAAAUAUAUAAUGGAAUAAGUGUCGUUUUAAGCUUAUUAAUGAGGCUUUAAAUGUUUUUGAGGGCUUAGAAUACUCAGUAUAUCGUUUAGAAUUCAAGGUAUAUUCUACUAGUACAAGACUGCAUCCAACUUCUAAUAAAUAUCUGCCUUGAUAUGCGAUUCAUUUAACCUUUUAUGGAGCGUUAUAAAACCCUUAAACUGUUUGUACAGAUGUAAAUAUAAUAAUUAUAGGACCAUUUUAACUAAAUGUUCAUAUUGAUAACUCUAACCAUAUGAGCAGUAUUUGUAGCGGAUUCACAAUUUUUUGUAUUCAUCUUGAGAGUAGAUGAGAAGUUUUGUUAGUCUGUUUAAUAGUAGAGCCAUACAUUGUUUAAGGUAUUUAUUUAUUUAUCAUAGUUCUGUUAGCCUGUAACUAUUUAGAAUUAGGUAGAUACUUCUCUGUAUUUAAAUUUAUCUACCACAUUAUUUUACCUUAAGGUUCCUGUACAUAUGUAAAUUCCCUGUACGUUUAGUCAUUCGUUAAUACCAAGAAACCAAACAUUUAUAUGAGUAGGUAUAUUAUAUUAUUUUGUUGAAAUGUGUUUUAUUGAUAUUAUAUCAAUUCAUUAUUAAAAUGUAUUGUGUUUAUUAUUAAUAAAUGUUCUUUCUAUGGAUUCCCGUAAUAAAAUCUGUUUUCGAUAAAA